AUGAAUUCUAAUUCAUUAUCAACAUUUUCUAAUGGUUUCAAUGUUGGUGAAAUUGUUUGGGCAAAACGUAAUUAUGAUGGUAUCUAUUGGCCAGGACGAAUAUUAUCUAUAUCGCAUAAUAUGAUUGAUACAAUAUUUACUCAUAAUUAUUUACAAGAUCAACCAUGGUCUUAUCUUACUGAAUUUUUUGAAUAUAAUCAAAAAAAUUGGACUAUUGAUGUUCUACCAUAUCGACAAUAUCGAGAUUAUAUGUCAAAAAAUUUAUUUGGUCAUUAUGAUUCUUAUCCACAGAUAAAAUAUCAACUUUUAAAUGCUAUUAAUCAAGCUGAUUAUGCUCAUAUUAAUGAAAAUACUCAUCCUAUUAAAUCGAAUAAUUAUUCAUCGUCUUAUUUGUUUAAAACCGAUUCCAAUGACAAUUAUAUUUCCACAUCAAAUUCUAUUGUUACACCUUGUGAAAAUUCAAUAUCACAUACAAUGAACGACUAUUCAUUAGAUUCUUAUUCUCAAACAUCAAAUAUUUAUUGCCAACGUCCAUCGAAUUGUUCUUGUAAUACUCAGUCGUAUUUAAAUAAUUAUUAUUCAUAUGGUACGCAACCUCAUUUUUCAUCGACAGAUCAACUAUCAAUUGAAACUAAUUUAAAUCCAGUUUUACAAUUAAAUAAUAAUUAUCAUCAAUUUCAGAACGAUACUAUGAAUACUGAAAUCGAAACUUUUCAAAAACAAAAUUCUGUUAUAAUAAUUACAUCAAAAACUUAUUCAAAUUCAUCAUUUAUUUCUUAUCUUUUUAAUUCUCUUUCAAAUAUUUUUCAUUCUUCAAUAAUCUAUAUUGAUGAUUUAAUAAAUUAUCAACAUCCAAAUACAUAUAAUAUUUAUUAUCUUAUUUGUUUUGAUUAUUUUGAUUUAAUUAUUAAACAAAAAUUAAAUUUAACUAUACUUAACAAUCUUAAUGUAUAUAUUAAUUAUUUAUUUCUUAUUAUAAAUGCACCAUCAUAUGAACUUAUAAAACAUUUAUAUUCAAUUAUAAUAGAUAAACAAACGAUAUUUAUUCUUCAUUAUCAUUUAACAUUUGAUAAUGAACCAUUAUUAUUAUGUUCAGGUAAUCGAACAAAAUUUGAAAUGAUUCGAUCAACAUUUUUAAAAUAUUUAUGUUCAAAAAUUAAAUAUAUUGAAUCAAAUGAUAAUGAACAAGAACAAUUCGAUUUAUCAAAUACAAUUUCAUGCAUAUCUCAAUCAAAUAAUAUUAAAAAUAUAUCAAUAAUAGAUAUUUUGAAUCAAAGAUUGGAAUCAAAUGCAUUUAUAAAUUAUCAAAAUCUUACUAAUGAAUCUUUGUCCGUAUCAUCAAAGAAAAAAAACAGUCUAAUAAAGAUUAAUAAAUAUUCAAGAUUCAAACAAGCAUUCAUGUCGGAUCAAAGCCCAAUUAACGAUCCACUUAUUUCAUUUGAUCAACAACAACAACAACAAUCAUCUCCAACAGUAACAACGCCAACAAAACAAAAAACAAAUGAUCUUUAUGAUAAUCGAUCAUCAAAAGAUAUAGAUCCAUUUGGUAAUCAUAAUGGUAAUAAUACUCAUGAACAAGAAUAUCAUACAAAUAAUGGUACUAAAAAGGAUGAACAUCAUAAUAGAACUAAUGGUAAUAAACAUGAUGAACGUCAUGCAUUUUCAUUAAAUAAUGAUCUUUUUCCGGUGUUUACAAAUGAAAAUGAAAAAGUUUCUUCGAAUGAUUUUCAACAUCAACAUCAUCAUGAAUUUUCGACACGUAAAAAUGAAGAAUCUGAAGAUUCACCAUUCAAUUUUAAUAAUUCAAAUCGUAAUGGUGUUGCAACAGAUAAAAGUACACUUUUAUUUGAACUUGAUCCUAAUGCACCUGAUUCGGAUCGUAUACAUGCAGAUAAAAUGGCUUUAACACCAUCAUCAACUAACGAUAUAUCAUCACCACAACACAAUAAAAAUGAUAUAUCUGUUGAUGUUAUUGACAGUCCAACUAAAGUAGAUAUAGUUAGACAACAACAACAACAAUUGAAUUUGAGAAAUUAUACUAAUCCAUCAGAUGAUCUUAUUUUAACAUCACCAAUCAAAGAAAAUAUUCAUUCUCCUGUUAAAAAUGAUAUACAUGAAGAAAUUCAUUCACCAGUCAACAAACGACCAGAAGAUUUACAAUUAUCAGUUGAACAACAAUAUGAUGAAAAUAAAUCAUCACCUAUCAACCAACAACAUGAAGAUACUCAAUCACCAGUUAAAGAUAAACAUCAUGCAGAUAUUCAUUCUCCUACCAAAGAAGAACAAUAUGAAGUAGUUCAUUCACCAAUCAAAGACCAACAAGAAGAAAAUCUUCAAUCAUCUCUUAAUAAACAACAUAAAGAAAUUCAUUCACCAGUUGUGCAACAACAACAACAACAUUAUGAAGAUUUACAAUUACCAGUUACAGACGAACAAUAUGAAAUUAUUCCAUCACCUGUCGAUAACCAACAUGAAGAUAUUCAAUCACUAUUAAAAGAUGAACAUCAAGAAGAUAGUCAUCAUUCAUCUGUUCAAGAAGGGCAACAUGAAAAAAUUCAUUCACCAGUUGAACAACAUCAAGAUGGAAUUCUUCAAUCACCUGUUAAGGAACAACAUACUGAAGAAAUUCAUUCACCAGUUAUAGAACAACGUCAUGAAGAUUUACAACUGCCAGUUACAGAACAACAACAAUAUGAAAUGAUUUCAUCACCUGUCAAUGAACAACAUGAAAAUAUUCAAUCACCUGUUAAAGAUGAACAUCAUGAAGAUAUUCAUUCACCUGUCGAAGAACAACAACAUGAAGGAGUUCAUUUACCAGUCAAAGAACAUCAAGAAGAAAUUCUUUCAUCACCUAUUAAGGAACAACAUGUUGAAGAUUUACAGACACCAGUUCAACAACAACAAGAUGAAAAGAUUCCAUCAUUUGUCAAUGAACAAAAUGAAAAUAUUCAAUCAUCAGUUAAAGAUGAACAUCAUGAAGAUAUUGAUUCACCUGUCAAAGAACAACGACAUGAAGAAGUUCAUUCACCAGUCAAAGAACAUAAAGAAGAAAUUCUUUCAUCACCUGUUAACGAACAACAUGUUGAAGAUAUUCAAUCAUCAGUUCAACAACAAGAAGAUGAAAGUAUUUCAUCACCACUUAAGGAACAACAAGAGAUUAUUCAUUCACCAGUCAAAGAAGAACAACAUGAACAAUUGACUUCACCUCUUAAAGAAGAAACUGAAGUACUUUCUUCACCAGUCAAAGAAGAAGUAGGACAACAAGAACAUGAUAAUAUUUCAACAGGUAAUGAAGAAGAAAAGCCAUUGAAUGAUCAAGAGAAUGUGAAUGUAUCAACUCAAUUGAAUGAACAUGAACAACCACUGAAUGCUGUUGAUGAAAAACGUUUAUUGAAUGAAGCAUGUGAAGAUAUGGAUAAUGCUGCUAAAGAAUUAGCGGCUAAAAUUGAUCUUGUUACUUCACCAUCACCACCAGCUACAUCAGAUCGACAACCACCACCAUUUUUUUCAGAUACAGAAACAGAAACAACACCAGAACAAUCUCUAACUUCAACUCAAUCAAAUGAUGAUGCAAAAAUAUCAUCAACAACUGAAGAACAUGAACAUGUUGAACAAGCAAUACCAUCUGCUACUUCACCAAAAUUAGAUUCAACUUUACCAAUAAUAUCUUCACCAACAGCUCCAGUAGCAGCAUCACCUAGUAAACCUACAGCUUCAACAACUAAAAAACCUGCAAGUGCUGUUCAAAAUACACGAUCAAGUCUUGCUACAAGGCCUAAACCAUCAUCUGCAGGAGCUGCUACAACAAAAAGUACAGAACAUAAACCGUCAGCAGCAACAGCUGUAUCAUCAAAAACUACGGAACAUAAGCCAACUGCCGCUGCAACAUCAAAACCGGCCGAACAUAAAACAACAGGUACAACUACAAAAUCUACUGAACUAAAACCACCAACAACAGUUCGUAAACCUCCUCAAUCAGCACCAGCAAGUAGUGCAGCGGCAUCUCACAAACCAAAGGUAACACCUACUUCACCUUCACAUGAAUUAUCAACAGGUCCAAAACCCACCCGUGAUGUCCCAACCAAACCUCCAGCAUCUGCAGCAGCAACUAAACCUAAACCAACAACUAGUUCUACAACAACAGCCGCAUCACGAUCAACAAUAAAACCAACGGCAACAAAAUCUACUCGUCCAUCAACAAUUCAUAAAGCUUCAGAUGGUACUACAUCUGAUCAACAAACAACAAUACUUUCAACAGCUCCAGAAGGUAGUUCAUCAUCAACAUCUACUGCUGCAGCAGCAGCUCCUGUUAGUACAACAAGCAAAACAACUGCUCGGCCACCACAAACUUCAACUAGACCACCAACAAAAGCUACUUCCAGUGGUACCACUCAUGUUCCUUCACAUUCAACAGCUUCAUCUGUUGCAUCACGUGCAUCUACUUCAGCCAGUAAAACAACCGUUGCAAAAGAACGUCCGACAUCUCAUACUCUUAAUACAGCUACACGACCAGCUACAGGAAGUGGCUCAUCAACUACAGUUGCUCAACAACGUUCAACAAGUGGUAAUCGCCCAGCAACAUCCGAUGCAACAUCAGGCUCAACACGUGAAAGUGCAUCAGGAACAACGGUGAGAUAA